CGUUUUUUAAUUUCGGUACCAAACGUCCCCUUUAGUGUGAACGCCAACUUCCCAUGUGAUGGAGAGGGUGAAAACAGUACCCAUUAAAGCUCUUUUGCCACGUGUCGUGCUGAAUGUGGAUUAGCUGUGUAAAUCCUAUUCGUACUAAUCCCAAAAAAAGUUUUUAAAAGGGAAAACAGUUAUGAUGAAGCAAACGCAUUUAAAGACGAAAUUAACCCUCAGAUACUUAUCAGCCUAUAUAUAGUGCCACAACUUCCUCCUGUUUUAACCAAAAUACAUAUUGUUUAAUUAGCAUUUGAUUUGAUUUGAUUUGAUUAUCAUCAGAAGAAGAGAAAAUGGGAGACAACACUAUGACAUGCAUAGACAUUCUUCUGGCCAUUAUCUUGCCUCCCCUUGGUGUUUUCCUCAAAUUUAACUGCCAGGUGGAGUUCUGGAUCUGUGUUUUGCUGACUCUCUUUGGGUGGCUACCUGGUAUCAUUUAUGCUAUUUGGGUCCUCACCAAGUGAUCAUCAUAUGGUGGAUAUUUGAAGACCAUAUUAUUACUACUUCGCUAAUGGAGUAUCUAGCUACCUUUUCUAUUUAUUCUUGGCUUUUGGUUGUUUUCUCUUGUGGAUAGAUUGUUUGAUGAACAUAUAAUAUCAUAUUAUUGUGAGUCAUUUGGGAUUGUAAUGUAACUUCCAAUCUGUAUUUUAUUGGAUUGUUAUGUUGAUUGUGUUACAGCUGGCAUCAGUUUGUAACUUUAUUUUAUUCUAUCUAAUAUUAUAUAUAUAUUCAGUUGAUA